GCCGAAUCCAGCCUAUUCUAUUUCCUUCCUUCCUCUUUCCCGCCUCCAGUUAUGCCAUAGAGAUAGAAGAAGCUAGAGUAGCACAUUGCCUGAGUGGAAAGCCGCCAUUUACUAUGAUUUCCUAUGGCUCUAGAAAAGCGUUGCGUUACGCCCCAGCUUUGUGAUUAAGUGUUGUUUUCUAGAAAACAAAUGCAGUUUUCAACUGGAAGUGCCAAUAAGGUCUGCGAUGGUAUGAUGCUUGAGUUUAUUUUUCUAGAAUUUUGUGGUUCAAGCAUCACAAGGGCAGGGUAAGAACUAUAGUGACUUGUCAUCUAAUGCACAUGCAUUUCGUGCCAGUACUAAAACCCCGCUCAAUGCAACUACUAGCUUGAAUGGUUAAUUUUCAAGCGAGGAUGUUACUAGCUUCAGGAACGCUGGCAAAAGUAUAGAAAAGUAUGAGUUUCUCUACCACGAAUGCUUGCACGGUCACUUUAUCAAUUAUCUGCGUGACAGAUUUCACACAAAAAACCGGGAAGAUAAAAAGAAGAGAUCAGCAUGGUUGAAAACUCACCAGCACCAUUGCCUGAAAGAGCUAUAUAUGGCUUUGUUCUUUACUUAGGCUCCCAGUUUGUCUUUAUUCUGUACCUUGUUUGGGCCUACAUACCUGAAUCCUGGCUAUUCUCAUUGGGGUUAACAUACUGGCCUCAAAAGUUUUGGGCUGUUGCUUUGCCUGUGUACCUUUUAGUUAGCGUGGGAAUAGGCUACAUGCUUCUCUUUGGAAUUAAUAUGAUGAGUACUGCUCCACUGAACUCCACACACGCAAUUACAGACCACUAUGCAAGAAAUCAGAAACAGAAGAUACCACAAGAAGAAGCUAUCCCUGCAUUAAGGGAUAUUCCUAUUAGUGAAGUAAACAAAAUGUUUUUCCUAACCAGCAAAGCAGUUUGAAGUCAAAACUAAUUUAAGGAAAUAUCUUCUAAAUACAAAAUUGUCUACAUUUGAUGAUGAAUUGUUUACUAUAACUUACUUUACUGUCAAUGGAAGAAUGUAUUCCACUACUCUCAAAUUUAUAUUACAUUAAAUUUUUCAAAUUUGGCAAA